GUUGCUAAAAUUUUCUUCCUUUUAAUCCCCCCAUCUGCUCCUCUCAUCUGAUUUUAUUUUCUCUUCCUCUCACACUUCACCUUUCUCCAUCAUCCCUUAACUUAACUGAGAUCUAGGAUCUGGUUUGAUAACUCUUUCCAUCUUAGACCUCUUCACUGACGCAGUAGCGUGUAUCUUUCAAGGUACAACUUCAACAGACAUCCUGUGGGCUUUUUACAUUUGAGGGCUGUGGGCUGUGGCAUAUCGCAUACCUUUUCCUGUGGGAUCUGUGGGUUACUCUCGUGGGUUUCAUCUAUAGACGGUUGCAUAUUUCCUGUCCGUCUCUUGUGGGCUUGAACAUUGUCAGUUGUGGGCUACCUGUGGGUAUCUGUGCUUAAGUCUCUUCAUUUUUUGUUGAGAUUAAAUCGGGUGAUUGUGGGAUCGUGAAGAAUCUGCCGCACCAUUUGAAUCUUUCUGUCGGUUUUUAUCCUACAGAUAUAUCUUUGUUCCAAAAUGUCUAAGACCAAGUCGGUUUCCAAGAAGGGUGGUGAGAAGGCCGUUGACAAGUCCUUGAGCAAGGUCAAGGAUGCUGGCGUGACCAAGUCUUCCCAGUCUCCUAAGGCCAAGAGCAAGCAGAUUGCUCGUGACCUGGCUACCAAGGAGAAGAAGUCGAAGAGCAAGAAGAAGGAGCCUACUCCUAGCAGCAGCUCCGACUCUGACAGCGACGAGGAGAUGGACUCUAGCUCCAGCUCCAGCAGCGAGAGCGAGGAUGAGAAGAAGAAGCCUGCCAAGAAGGAGGUGAAGAAGGAUGCUAAGAAGAAGGCUGCUGAGUCCUCUUCCGAGUCCGAGUCGUCUGACAGCGACGAGGACAUGGAGGAUGCUUCUUCCAGCAGCGAGAGUGAGGAGGAGAAGCCUACCCCCAAGAAGGCUGAGGAGCCCAAGAAGGGCAAGAAGGCCGAGAAGAAGGAGGAUUCCUCCGACUCUUCCGACUCUUCUGACUCCUCCGACUCCGAGUCUGAGGAUGAGAAGCCUGCUCCCAAGAAGGAGGAGAAGAAGAAGCCCGCCAAGAAGGCCGAGUCCUCCGACUCCGACUCUUCCGAUUCCGACUCCGACUCCGACUCUGACAAGAAGGAGGCCCCCAAGGCCGCUAAGAAGGAGUCCAGCGACUCUGACUCUGACUCUGACUCUGACUCCGAGAGCGAGGAGGAGGCUCCCGCCAAGGCCAAGAAGGCUGAGAAGUCUUCUGACUCCGACUCUUCUGAUUCCGAGUCUGGCUCUGACUCUGACUCUUCCGACUCUUCCGACUCUGAGUCUGAGGAGAGCGACGAGUCCGCCAAGGACUCCAAGAAGCGUAAGGCGGAGGAUGAGGAGGAAUCUGCCACCCCCAAGAAGUCCAAGACCGAAGAGCCCGCUGGCGGUGCCUCGGCCAACCUCUUCGUCGGCAACCUUUCCUGGAACGUCGACGAGGCCUGGCUCCAGCAGGAGUUCGAGGGCUUCGGUGACCUCACUGGUGUGCGCAUCAUGACCGAGCGUGACACUGGCCGCUCUCGCGGAUUCGGAUACGUCGAGUUCUCCAACAACGUCGACUCUGCUAAGGCCUACGAGGCUAAGAAGGGUACCGAGAUCGACGGCCGUACGAUCAACCUUGACUACGCCACUGGCCGCCCGGCCAACAAGGAUGCCCCUGGUGAUCGGGCCCAGGCCCGUGCCCGUUCGUUCGGUGACCAGACCAGCCCCGAGAGCGACACGCUCUUCCUGGGCAACCUUCCCUUCAGCGCCACCGAGGACUCGAUCAGCGAGGUGUUCGGAGCCAGCGGCAGCAUCCUGGGCAUUCGCCUGCCCACCCACCCCGACUCGGGCCAGCCUAAGGGCUUCGGAUACGUUCAGUACGCCUCCGUGGAGGAGGCCCGCCAGGCCUACAACGACCUGAGCGGCGCUGAGAUUGACGGCCGCCCCGUGCGUCUGGACUUCAGCACUCCCCGUGCCAACAACGGCGGCGGUGCUCCCCGCGGUGGCGGUGGCCCUCGUGGUGGCCGCGGUGGCUUUGGCGGACGCGGUGGCCCUCGCGGUGGUGGCCGUGGAGGCUUCGGUGGCCGCGGCGGUGGUGCUCCCAACCGUGGCCGUGGUUCCAUCCCCGAGUACAAGGGAACUAAGGUCACUUUCUAAAUGUUUAAUUGAAACGACAUGGUAGGAAAAGUUUGUAGGAUUAUUUGCUCUUGCGAUUUUGAUUUUGAAAAAAAGUUCUUACGUUUUCACCACUUAUGAACUGGGAGUUUAUUAGAUUAGACCCGGAUAACUAAUUCACGACU